CAUUCGGAAGAACCGAAGAAAAUGUUUUAUCAAGCUUUACUGUAUUAUAGACAUGGGCGAACUGGGUUCAGGCCGUUAUGGUACCUGUCGCGGACAUCCCGAUCUCCCCGAGUAUUAGUCAAUCUCCCCGAUCCUCUUAGGUUUAUAUGCCUAUGCUUUGCGCACCCCGUUGCACUCACGCAGCACCAAAACAAAUUACCACUUCUGUAACCUCAGUGCCUAUCUUUCCUAUCCGUGGCCCACCUCCCAACAAUGCCUUUCCUCGACCUUCCAAAUGCUAAAUUGCACUACGACACCUUCGGUACCGGGCCGUUGCUGCUCUGCAUUCCCGGUGCAGAUGGCCGUGGGGCUGUCUUCCACGAUGCAGCCAAAUUUCUUUCGCGCAGCUUUAGAGUGGUGUGCUACGACCGCCGAGGAUAUUCUCAGAGCCAGCACAUUGGCGCACAAGACCUCAAGAACCGGCUCGCGACAGAUGCCGACGAUGCCGGCGCCUUAAUCUCUCACCUGUCCACUGAGCCUGCUGCCGUCUUUGGCACAUCCUCCGGUGCGAUCGUCGCUACGCAGCUCCUGAUUCAACACCCGGAUCGAGUGCACACGCUUGUCGCACAUGAGCCUCCAGCAUUUGCGCUACUGCCUGAAGAGUCCCGUACUCAAGCCGCCGGCCUCAUCGAACGCAUAUACAGUCUAUAUCGCGAGCAGGGCGUGCAGGCAGCAAUGGAAGUCUUCUCUGGCGGCUUAUCUACAGGCGAGGAAGGCGCACGGAUGAGAUUCUGCAUGGAUCCCACGCGGGGAGACGAGAUCCGCGCAAACUCUAUGUUCUGGUUUGAGUUUGAGUUACGUCAGUACACUUCGGCUCUGCUAGAUGUGGAGCGUAUCAAGGCCGAGAGGACGAAGUAUGUCCCGGCCGCUGGGAGCUUGUCUGGAGAUGGGCCUGGUGUUGGGCCGAUUGCGCUGCUUGCUCACAUGCUUGGUAAGGAGGUGGAACGGCUCACUGGAGGUCAUAUCUCAUACAUGUACGAACCCGAAGCUUUUUCUGAUGCCUUAGUGGCUUUGUUGCAGAGCAAGUCCCAGAAGUAGAAAAUCUCCGUUAUGAGAAUAAAGACUUGGGUCAGAUAACACGAGCCGUUCCCUCUUACACCUUU